AUGGGUGGCACAAGCUCGCUGGGCGGUGAGCUCGCUGAGGAUACUUGGGAGGAUGAACUGCGAAGGAGUGAGCUGGGGCAUCGGACGGAGGAGCGGACGGAGGAGGGGGAAAGGCAGCUCGAGCGAAGAAGGAUUGCGGAGUUGCUGAGUCGCUUUGCUGGCGGCGAUGGCGAGGUCUUGGAAGUCCUGGGCCUCAACCUCGACGAUAGAGGUCGGGGUUUCAUUCUGACGGCAGAGCUGCAGCCUGCCACGCAGCGCUUGAUCGACCGCUUGGGCUGCCGUCACCCGGAGACCUUGCAGCGAGUCUCGCAAGUCUAUGCCUCGGUGGCGCGGCGUGAGAGCCUGAGCCUCACCGAAUUGAAAGGCUACGUGGCUUGCGUGCUGACGCAGAUCUUGCGGGAGCUGGACGCCGGCUGCGCUGAGGUGCAGCCUGAACCGAGCGAGCUCCAGCGCUUGAUGCAGGAGCUCAGCUCCUUGAACCAGUCGCUGGACCGGAGAGGCUGUGACCUCGAAGAGGUGGAGGAAACCCGCGCGAAGGAAGGCUCCCAAGGAGCCGACGGAGCCGACGGGGGAGCCGACAAAGCCGACGAAGGAGCCGAGCAGCUGCGGCUUCUGAGACAGGAGCUCGACGCGCUGAGCCUCUCCUUGCGAUCAGACCCGAGAGAGUCUCCGGGAACCUCCGCGUGGGCGCCGGCUGAGCCGGCGUCGGCUGAGCCGGCGUCGGAGCCUGUCUUUGAGGCAAGGCCCUGGCGCGCAGAUGCACUUCCUAAACCCCUAGAAAGAGAGGUUCCCGAAGUUCCUUGCGGGCCAUGCGGCCUUGCGCGCUUUGCUGCGGGGGCAGAGCCGGCAGUGCCCGCCGCGCCCGCUCAGCGGGACAUGCGCAGCUUGGGCAGCUAUCCACCAGGGGCUGUCAUCGAUCCAGGCAACACCUAUGCACGAGCGCUACGUCAUGCACAGAGGCCGUCGCAGCCUGGUGCAGAGCCUGGGUCGUCAGUCGAAGGGUGCGCGGCGGUGCUGACGCAGCCACCCCGGGAUGCAAUGGCCAGCACUUGUGAGCCUGAUCAUGCAGUGCUGAGGCCAAUGGCGGAUGGUUGGCAGUCCCGCUUGAAGGGUGCAAGCAAGGGCAUCGCCCACGGCUGGCAGGCCUUUGCCGAGACGAUGGAUGGGAUCUUUGUGCCCGAAGCCGGAGUGGACGCCGCGAUCGCGGAGGUAGAGGAGCACGUGGAAGAGUUCAAGGGCGAUCAGGGCCAAGGCCCCCAUCUUUCGGACGAGCACCACGACGUGCCUUCCAUCUUCCGGCAGCCGAGUGUGGAGGAGGUUCGGGAGCUUUUGGAGCAAGAGGGCCUUCCAGCACACGUUGGGAUCGCUUCUGCCGGGUGCUUCUGCCUGAAGAAGCUCUGCCUGGAUCGGAGCUCGCAGCCGUCUCUCUACGUGCUGGACUGCGAGUCCUCGGUGCCGGCUUUGUUUCUGGGCAUGCAAGGCUUCGGCCUGCAUCAGCUACGCCGGGUCGUGCUAGGCACUGCUCCGUCUGCAAAGCCCCUGUUGUCCUUGGAAUUCGACGAAGGCUUUCUUCCAGUCCGACUCGGCAGUGCCACGGUGCUCUACGGGGUCCUCGGCGUGCUUUGCGAAGGUCGCCAGGUGCAGAUCUUGCAGCAACCAGACUGGUCAUAG